GCCCGGCCAAUCGCGGCCCGCCUCGCCUAUGAUGUCAUCGGAGGAGGAGGCCGACUCACACGCGCUCUGCUCGGAUAAACUCCUAAAGAAACAGAAACGCGCGAGACAGCGCGUGGACGCCGGUGAGCCGCGCAAUUCUUAUUCCACUCUCGCGACGAACGGACUCGCGCCCGCGCGCGCCGCACACAUGAGCGGUGGACUUUACGGCGCCAUCUUCGAGGGCCGUCAACACUUCGGGCUUUUCGGACCGGGUUACGCUCCGGCCGAAAUGCUCAACGAACUACUUGGUCGAGCGCCGGCCGAUGCCGGCGAUGAAGCCUCCGGGGGCGACUUCGCGCACCGGAUGCUCCGCGACAUGCUGCAGACCCGCAAGAAGGAGCUGCUGCGGCUCUCCCCGGACAAUAAUAAUGUGCUCGCGAACAACAACAACGACGAGCCGAAGGGCGAGCCCAAGGACGAGCGGCCGUCCUCGCGCGACUCGCGGCCCGACCUGGACGACGCUCUGCUGGGGCUGGACAGCGCCGGCGACUCGCGCACGUCGCCGCCGCCCGCCGCGGACGCCCUGCUCGCGCCCAAGUCGGAGCCCGAGGACCGUGACAGUGAUGCUCAGCGUUCCUCCCCGCGACCGCUGGAUGUGAAACGUGCCCGUGUUGAGAACAUUGUGUCGACUAUGCGUUCUAGUCCCGCGCCUCAACAGCCACAAGUGAACGGUUGCAAGAAGCGAAAACUGUACCACCCGCAGCAGCACGACGGCGCCGCGGAGCGGUACGGCACCAGCCACGGCAGCAGCGCACAGACGGUCUCGGACGACUCCGAGGACGACGGUGAGCGACACCCCCCCAUUCAACAAAAGUUAGUAGAAAAGAACGCCCUAAAAUCACAACUUAGAACAAUGCAAGAGCAAUUAGCAGAGAUGCAAGAGAAAUAUAUGCAAUUAUGUAAUAGAAUGGGUCAGGACUCUGAAACUGUCGACAACGAUGGUGUUUCUAGUGAUAUCGAACAACCCGAAGAUACGGUGCCUAAGUCUGAACCGGCUUCGCCCGCAAAGGAAGUCCCUCCCCCGAUACCGAGCAGCGCCGCGCCAAAUAUGCUGUCACAAGUGAUGAGCAAGAUGAUGUCCGCGAAGAUGCACGCGCACGCGGCCGCGCACCCGCACCUGCCGCCCGGCUUCAACGGCGCUCUGCCGCUGCUGCCACAUCUACCGCCCACCGAACACCUGCACCCACCGCACCCGCACCAGCACCUCAACAACGCCGCCGCCAUGUACCUGAACGUCAGCCAGAAGCUGUUCCUGGAGCAGGAGGCCCGCAUGAAAGAAGCGGCCGAACAGCAGCAGCAACAGAAUAAUCAGCAGCAGAGGCCACAGUCUAAUCAACACUCGCCUCAGCAGCGACAGCUGGGACCGACACCUAAACCACCUCUAUCGACAGAACUGGCUGAAAGAUUAGAUGCGAUACGGAGUAGUAACGCUGGAUCGGUGGGGCCGGUGACCGGCGCCGACCUGGAGGGAUUAGCAGAGGUGCUCAAGAGCGAGAUCACCGCAUCGCUGGCUAGCCUCAUAGACUCGAUAGUGACCCGCUUCGUGCACCAGCGCAGAAUGCUCGGCAAGCAGUCGGAGACGGCGGCCGCGGCGGCGGAGCAACUCAACAAGGACCUGCUGCGGGCGACGCGCAUGCUCGACAGGAAGUCGCCGCCGCCCAAGGCGCCGGAGAGGCCGUCGGGGCAGAUGUCAGGUAACACACCCGUCCACCACCCGGGAGCGCCCAACGGCGUCUCGUUCAUGACACACAACCCGAUGUUGAUGAGCCAGAUGAACGGCCCCCGCGCGCCGGGCGCUGCGGCCUUCCAGCUGCACGCCGAGGCGGGCGGGCCCGGCCACGGCGCUCAAGUGCGGCCUCCCGCAGGCAUGUUCCAGGCGCCGCCGAAGCCGCUGGGGUCGCUCUACGGGGCGAUGAACGGCCACUUCGAGCGCGAGUCGAACCCCGAGCAGAACGAGGCGCUCAGCCUCGUGGUCACGCCCAAGAAGAAGCGGCAUAAGGUGACGGACACCCGCAUCACGCCGCGCACCGUCAGCCGGAUCCUGGGGGAGGGAGUGGGCCAGUCGCCGGAGACGAAGUUCCCGGAGUCGCCGUCGCCGCGGCCGUACCCGGGCGGCAUGGCGCUGCCGACGUCGGUGGCGAUACCGAACCCGUCGCUGCACGAGAGCCAGGUGUUCUCGCCGUACUCACCGUUCUUCGGAGCGGGCGGCGGGCUGGCGCGGUCGCCGCCGGCGCCGGAGCGGGACUCGCCGCCGCUGCCGCACGCGCCGGUGCUGCUGCACCCCGCGCUGAUGGCGGCGGCGCACCACGCGUCGCCGGACUACCUGCGCCACCACCACGCGCACCACGCGCACGCGCACGCGCACGCGCCGCUGCACCCCGCGCCGCACCACCCGCCGCACCUGGACGCCCAGGACCCGCACUCCGACUGCAACUCCACCGACCUGCCCUACGACGGAGUCCAGCCUACUAUAUCCUUUUUAAAUAGAUCACUCGAAUUGCACUCUUCGACGCUGACUCCGAUGCACCUGCGCAAGGCGAAGCUGAUGUUCUUCUGGGUCCGGUACCCCAGCUCGGCAGUCCUGAAGAUGUACUUCCCGGACAUCAAGUUCAACAAAAACAACACGGCACAGCUAGUCAAGUGGUUCUCCAACUUCAGAGAGUUCUACUACAUCCAGAUGGAGAAGUACGCGCGGCAAGCCAUCAGCGAGGGCCUGAAGACGCCCGAGGACCUGCACGUGGCCGGCGACUCGGAGCUGUACAGGGUGCUCAACCUGCACUACAACAGGAAUAACCACAUUGAGGUCCCACCCAACUUCAGAUACGUGGUGGAGCAAACCCUGCGAGAGUUCUUCCGCGCCAUCCAGGGCGGCAAGGACGCCGAGCAGAGCUGGAAGAAGUCCAUCUACAAGGUGAUCUCGCGGCUCGACGACCCCGUGCCCGAGUACUUCAAGUCGCCGAACUUUCUCGAACAGUUGGAGUGAGCGCCACCUCGACUCGACGCACACAAUGUUUCGGCAUAACAAAAUUUUUGGAACAAAUUCAUUGGACGAAUGUUUCGCACACCAAAAUUUUACGACACUCGCAUUUAGGCCUUCAGAUCAAAAUUAUUGAUAAAAAAAGUUAAAUUAAAUUAUUAAAAAUUUGAAUUUGUACGUUGCAAGUCGAGUGGCGUGGUGCGGCGAGCGGCUCGCCUCGCCACCGCCGCGCUCUACUAGGAAAUUCAUUAGGUUAUACGAGUAAGAAAAAAUUUAAGUCACCUAGAAUUUUAUUUCUGCACAUAAUAUAUUUCGCUAUAUAUAAUUAUUAUUAUAUUAUUAUUAAGUAUUAUCUUAAAUGGUUUUUAUAGUUGUGUAUAUCUUAAAAUCAUUUAUUGAUUUAUUCUUUAAGGAGAAAAAACGAUUAAUAUAUUAACUGCUUAAGUUUUGAAU